GGAGAAGAACCACUCUGGGGCAGGCGGCCUGGAGGCUUUCCCCAGCUGUCCCUCUUCGACACGACUGGAGAUGGGCGGGUCCGCCGUGGCCCUGGAGGCCCCGCAUCCUGUGCUUAUUCAUUCCCCAAGAUCCCCUGACCAUCCUGGUGAACCGGACAGACUCAUUCCCUCCGUGGGGGCUCGGUGUGACAGAAGAAACAUGUCAAGCGCAUCGUCUCUGUCACUAGUAGUGACGAGCAACGCCUGGUGCCAAGAACAUCUCUGUGGGAUAGCCACCUGGGUUCGGGGGUUGGGGGACUCCCAUUUCAUCUUGGUUGUCAGGCUUCCCCCCAGUGGAGUUAGCCAGGCAUCACUGAAGUCCAGGAAGAGAGACCCAAGCCACACGCAGGGAACAUCCUGUGUGACACAGAAAAGGUCAGCAGAGGCUCCUCCAGCCAGGGUCUCGGAAAUCUGUAAGGUGGUGACCUAAGCAGCUAUGCUGUCGAGCGCAAGAUCGAGCCUUUCUACAAGGGCGGGAAGGUGCAGCUGGACCAGACUGGGCAGCAUCUCUUCUGCGUUUGUGGUACCAGAGUCAACAUCCUGGACGUGGCCUCGGGGGCUGUGCUGCGGAGCCUGGAACAGGAGGACCAGGAGGACAUCACCGCCUUCGAUCUCAGCCCAGACGACGAGGUGCUGGUGACAGCCAGCCGGGCACUGCUUCUGGCUCAGUGGGCCUGGCGAGAGGGCAGCAUCACCCGCCUGUGGAAGGCGAUACACACGGCCCCUGUGGCCGCCAUGGCCUUUGACCCCACCUCCACGCUGCUAGCCACAGGUGGCUGCGACGGGGCAGUGCGUGUCUGGGACGUCGUGCGGCACUACGGGACGCACCACUUUCGGGGGUCAUCGGGGGUCGUACACUUGGUGGCCUUCCACCCGGACCCCGCACGCCUGCUGCUUUUCUCCUCGGCUGGGGACGCCACCAUCCGCGUGUGGUCUCUACAGGACCAGUUGUGCCUGGCCACAAUGACCGCGCACUACAGUGCCGUCACCUCACUGACCUUCAGCGCGGACGGCCACUCCAUGCUGAGCUCGGGCCGGGACAAAAUCUGCGUUGUCUGGGACCUCCGGACCCACCAAGCCACGAAGACUGUGCCAGUGUUUGAGAGUGUGGAGGCCGCCGUGCUGUUGCCCGAGGAGCCGGCACCGGAGCUGGGCGUGAAGUCCAAGGGCCUGCACUUCCUGACAGCCGGAGACCAAGGCCUGCUGCGCGUGUGGGAGGCGGCCUCCGGGCAGUGUGUGUACACACAGCGGCAGUUGCCGGGCCCCAAGCAGGAGCUGACCCGCUGCGCUCUGGCCCCUUCCGCCGGCCUGCUGGUCAGCGUCACCGCCGACCACAACCUGCUGCUCUACGAGGCUCGCUCCCUGCAGCUGCGGAAACAGUUUGCCGGCUACAGCGAGGAGGUGUUGGACGUCCGGUUUCUCGGGCCCGAAGACUCCCACAUCGUCGUGGCUUCCAACAGCCCCAGCCUGAAAGUGUUUGAGCUCCAGACAAUGGCCUGCCAGAUUCUCCACGGCCACACCGAUAUUGUCCUGGCCCUGGAUGUCUUCCGGAAGGGGCGGCUCUUUGCCAGCUGUGCCAAGGAUCAGAGCAUCUGCAUCUGGAGGAUGAACAAGGCUGGCAAGGUGGCCUGUGUGGCUCAGGGCUCCGGGCACACGCACAGCGUGGGCACGAUCUGCUGCUCUAGGCUGAAGGAGACCUUCCUGGUGACGGGCAGCCAGGACUGCACCGUGAAGCUGUGGCCUAUCCCUGAAGCCCUGCUGUCCAAGGGUGCAUCCUCGGACAGCGGUCCUGUCCUUCUCCAGGCUCAGGCCACACAGCGCUGCCAUGACAAGGAUAUCAACAGUGUGGCUGUUGCCCCCAACGACAAGCUGCUGGCCACGGGCUCACAGGACCGCACGGCCAAGCUCUGGGCUCUGCCGCAGUGCCGGCUGCUGGGCGUCUUUUCAGGCCACCGGCGCGGCCUCUGGUGUGUCCAGUUCUCGCCCAUGGACCAGGUGCUGGCCACCGCGUCCGCUGAUGGUACCGUCAAGCUCUGGGCGCUGCAGGACUUCAGCUGCCUCAAGACGUUCGAGGGGCACGAUGCUUCUGUGCUCAAGGUGGCCUUCGUAAGCCGCGGUACACAGCUGCUGUCCAGCGGCUCUGAUGGUCUCGUGAAGCUCUGGACCAUCAAGAGCAACGAGUGUGUGAAGACUCUGGACGCCCACGAGGACAAAGUCUGGGGGCUGCACUGCAGCCGGCUGGACGACCGUGCCCUUACCGGUGCUAGUGACUCCUGUGUCAUCCUCUGGAAGGAUGUGACCGAAGAGGAGCAAGCAGAAGAGCAGGCCAAGCGGGAGGAGGAGGUGGUCAAGCAGCAAGAACUGGACAACCUGCUCCAUGAGAGACGGUACCUGCGGGCACUGGGCUUGGCCAUCUCCCUGGACCGGCCCCACACUGUGCUGACUGUUAUCCAGGCCAUCCGGAGGGACCCCGAGGCCUGCGAGAAGCUGGGAGCCACAGUGCUGCAGCUGCGACGAGACCAGAAAGAGGCCUUGCUGCAUUUCUGUGUCACGUGGAACACCAACUCCAGGCACUGCCACGAAGCCCAGGCUGUGCUGGGUGUGCUCCUGCGGCACGAGGCCCCGGAAGAGCUCCUGGCCUACCAGGGCCUGCAGGCCUCACUCGAGGCCCUGCUACCCUACACUGAGCGGCAUUUUCAGCGACUCAGCCGGACGCUGCAGGCAGCCACCUUCCUGGACUUCCUGUGGCACAACAUGAAGUUGCCCCCCCUGCCUGUGGCCCCCUCUGCUCUCUGAAACAUGCUGAAAGGUUACUUUUCUACUCUGA